CGCGGCGCCCGCUUCCAAGAUGGCGGCAGCGAUUCCUGCCCGGCUGUCCGGGUGGCGGUGACGACGGGCGGCAGAAGGCCAGGUUCUGCCCAGCCCUCCCUCUCCCUGUCUCAUUUCAUCAAUAACCCUGAUCCCGACCCUCGCCAGGAUGGAGAAAGGUAGAAGGUAGAGGACGCCACCCGCAUCCUAUUGCCUGCCGCGCUCCGGGGUUGUUUGCUUGCAGCUCCCAGGUGGUCACCUCCCUGCACCUGCGGAGCUAGCUCCCAUAAAUGUGAAGAACGGAAAUGAGCCAGUUUCCUCCGCCUCCCUGGGUUCUCUUGAGGCCACUUCACAAUCCUGUUAGGACUGCCUCACCCAGAUUUCCAGUAGCUGCCCUGUCCCCACUCCCCAAACAGGUUGGUCCUGUUGGGGUGGGGGAUGGUUAAAUACCGACUGAAUCUGACACGCUAUAGGAUGGCUGGGGCAGAGCCGGGGACCUAGCAUCUCCUGCUCCACCCCUUUUCUCUCCAACCACUUUCCCUCGCUUCGGGAAACCGGCUUCACCCUGUUCCUGCUCUCUGCCCCUCUGAGGGUGGCUGGCUAUCCUUGACCACUUCUGUUCCAGCUGGUCCCAAGAUUGCUGUUGGAGUGCUGGAUGGAGCCUGUCUCUGUCUUUUGUUACAUUUCCAAUUUUAUAUAAUGCUUCACAUCUCUGCUCCCCCGGGACCUCCUGGAGUCCCCAUGAUCCUGAAGAAGACAGUUUGAAUCUAGACCUCAGCGCAGGAUGUUGCGGAGGUUGCUGGAGCGGCCCUGCACACUGGCCCUGCUUGUGGGCUCCCAGCUGGCAGUCAUGAUGUACCUGUCGUUGGGGGGCUUUCGGAGCCUCAGUGCCCUCUUUGGCCGAGAGCAGGAGCCGACAUUUGACUAUUCUCAUCCCCAUGAUGUCUACAGUAACCUCAGUCACCUGCCUGGGGCCCCUGUUGCCCCAGGGGGCCUUCCAGCUCCUCAAGGCCUGCCGUACUGUCCAGAACGAUCCCCUCUCUUAGUGGGUCCCGUGUCCGUGUCCUUCACCCCAGUGCCGUCGCUGGCAGAGAUCGUGGAGAGGAACCCCCGGGUGGGGCCGGGGGGCCGAUACCGCCCUGCAGGCUGUGAGCCCCGGUCCCGGACAGCCGUCAUUGUGCCCCACCGCGCCCGGGAGCACCACCUGCGCCUGCUGCUCUACCACCUGCAUCCGUUCCUGCAGCGCCAGCAGCUUGCUUAUGGCAUCUAUGUCAUCCACCAGGCUGGAAAUGGAACAUUUAAUAGGGCAAAGCUGCUGAAUGUUGGGGUGCGGGAGGCCCUGCGUGAUGAAGAAUGGGACUGCUUGUUCCUGCAUGAUGUGGAUCUCCUGCCAGAGAACGACCACAAUCUGUAUGUGUGCGACCCCCGAGGACCUCGGCACGUUGCUGUUGCCAUGAACAAGUUUGGAUACAGCCUCCCAUAUCCCCAGUACUUUGGCGGGGUCUCGGCGCUCACUCCUGACCAGUACCUGAAGAUGAAUGGCUUCCCCAAUGAAUACUGGGGCUGGGGUGGUGAGGAUGAUGACAUUGCUGCCAGGGUUCGCUUGGCUGGGAUGAAGAUCUCUCGUCCCCCCACAUCUGUGGGGCACUAUAAGAUGGUGAAGCACCGAGGAGAUAAGGGCAACGAGGAAAAUCCCCACAGAUUUGACCUCCUGGUCCGUACCCAGAAUUCCUGGACUCAAGAUGGCAUGAACUCACUGACAUACCAAUUGCUGUCUCGAGAGCUGGGCCCUCUCUAUACCAACAUCACAGCAGACAUUGGAACUGACCCUCGGGGUCCCCGGACUUCCUCUGGUCCCCAUUACCCGCCUGGUUCCUCCCAAGCCUUCCGUCAGGAGAUGCUGCAGCGCCGGCCCCCAGCCAGGCCUGGCCCUCUGCCUACUGCCAACCACACAGCUCCCCAUGGUUCACACUGACUCCUUCUUAAUCAUGAAACUGAAUCUUUCCCACUUUAAUCAUGAAACUGAAUCGGAGGGGUUACAUUUUCCCCACCCUCAGCUCCUCACUGCUCUUAGAGGGAUGUGGGGGAACUGAACUUCACUGCUGUGCUGGGGGCAGGGGCCUCUCCUCACUGCUGGACUGGAGCUGGGCUCCUCUGGCCCUGGGGGUCUCUCUUUCUAGGGUCACCUGCCAGGGCUUAUGACUGUGAAUCCUUGAUGUCACGACUUAUGUGAUGACUCCUAGGACUCCCCUGCCCAUGGGGUAGGAGCAGGGCUGGACCCCAAAUCCCUUCAUCUUCCAUGGAGAGAAGAGUGAUCUGGCUUCUCCCGGGACCUCUGUGAAUAUUUAUUCUAUUUAUGGUUCCCAGGAAGUGUGUUUGAAGGAAGCCCCUCCCUGGGUACUUUCUGCCAGUAAUGGAGUAGCUCUCUCUUUUGGACCUGGCUCAGGGGGCUGGGAUUUUGAUAUAUUUUCUAAUAAAGGACUUUGUCUCGCCUCUG